AUGGCCCCCUCUUCCGUUACCGACGCAGAAGCGCAGUGGCUGGCCCAAGUGGCCGCCAUGAAGGCUGCGAUUGCCGAGCUCAAGCUGCCCAGCAACGCACCCAACGGCGACACGACAGUCAGUAAUGCCGGUGGAGACGAUGACGAUGACUUCGAUCUGAGCUCUGCCAGCGGCGAGACCCACGAUGUAUGGGACUUUAUCUCCGAUUCAGAGCUGGACGAGCUCGGCCUCGACAGCGGCGACUUGAUGGACGGGACCGAUGGGCUCGACCAAGAGCCUCCCUACGGGCCUCAGUGGUUCCUCGAGAGAUGUGCAGCAGUCUCGUCACACAGGGACGGGCUUCCUGCCGAAACCCUUCAGUUGCAGAUUCUGGAGGCCCUCAAGUCCAAUCAGAGAGAAGAUGAACUCCAGUCCCUUCUGACGGACCUGGUCGGCUUCGAUGACCUGGAAUUUGUCAUUGAACUCAUCUCACACAGGAAUGAGAUCACCGUCGCCAUGGAACAAGUUGAACAGCACGUCGCUGAUAGCCAUCCCUCGGGACGUCUUCUUACAAAGGCUGAGAGGGAUGCAAAUCUCCGAAGGCAGGAUAUGCGUCACAAAACCGCCGCGCUUGGUCCAGCCACGGCCAAGGAGCCGCAGUAUCCUCAUGUGUACAAGACCUUCUCUGCCGGCAACUCAUUGAACCAUGCUGGGAAGAGGUACGCCCUUCCUGUUGGUAGUGAACGGCUUCAAUUCGACAAGUAUGAGGAGUACGCCAUUCCCGCAGGCAAGGCCGGGACUUUGUGGCCUGGCCAGAAGUUGGUUACGAUAAAAGAGCUGGAUGGUCUCUGUCGGAACACCUUCAAGGGCUACAAGACUCUCAAUCGAAUGCAGAGUCUUGUCUAUCCAGUGGCCUACAAGUCAAGCGAAAACAUGCUCAUUUGCGCUCCUACCGGUGCUGGUAAAACAGACGCUGCGAUGUUGACCAUCCUGCAAACCGUCAGGCAGUAUUUGACCCCUGACCCCUUCGACGAUCAUGCUGCAACAGACUUCGCCGUCGACGCAGAUGACUUCAAGGUUGUAUACGUGGCUCCCAUGAAAGCACUGGCCGCUGAAAUCACCGAAAAGUUCAACAAGCGUCUGUCAUGGCUUGGCAUUCGCUGCCGCGAGUACACGGGUGACAUGCAUCUGACCAAAGCCGAGGUCGUCGCCACCCAAAUUAUUGUCACCACUCCGGAGAAAUGGGAUGUGGUCACAAGAAAGGGCACUGGAGACACAGAGCUUGUCCAGAAAGUUAGACUCCUGAUUAUCGACGAAGUGCACAUGCUGCACGAUGAGCGUGGCGCAGUCCUGGAAUCCCUGGUUGCUCGUACGGAGAGACAGGUCGAGAGCACACAAUCUCUGAUUCGGAUCGUCGGUCUCAGUGCGACGCUUCCGAACUACAUCGAUGUAUCCGACUUCCUCAAGGUCAACCGAUACGCUGGGUUAUUCUAUUUUGACGCCUCUUUCCGCCCAGUGCCUCUGGAGCAGCACUUUAUUGGUGUCAAAGGAAAGGCCGGGUCAAGGCAGUCCAGAGACAACAUCGAUACGGUGGCCUUCGAGAAGGUGAGAGAGAUGCUGGAACGCGGCCACCAGGUGAUGGUCUUUGUGCACUCCCGGAAGGAUACCGUGGCAACAGCAAAGACGCUUUACGAGAAGGCUGUUGAUGAUGUCUGCGUCGAUCUAUUCGACCCAUCUGACCAUCCCAAGUACGACGCCGCUGUCAGGGACAUGAAGAGCUGCAGGGCAAAGGAGCUUCGAGAUCUACUACCUAAAGGAUUAGGUGUGCACCACGCAGGCAUGGCCAGAUCAGAUCGAAACUUGAUGGAGAGACUCUUCUCCGAAGGCGUCCUCAAGGUUCUCUGUUGUACAGCUACCCUCGCCUGGGGUGUGAACCUGCCCGCUGCUGCCGUGGUGAUCAAAGGCACACAGGUCUACAGUGCACAGGACGGCAAAUUCGUCGACCUGGGUAUUCUUGACGUGCUCCAAAUCUUCGGACGUGCUGGUCGUCCACAAUUCGAAGAUACCGGUAUUGGCAUGAUCUGCACAACUCAAGACAAGCUGGCUCAUUACCUUACCGCCGUCACGGAUCAGCUACCUAUCGAAUCGAAAUUCUCGGCAAAACUUGUGGACAACUUGAACGCGGAAGUUGCUUUGGGAACGGUGACAUCCAUCCCAGAAGCAGUGCAGUGGAUUGGCUACUCGUAUCUUUUCGUCCGUAUGAGAAGGAACCCAAUGGCAUACGGUAUAGACUGGAAUGAAUUUCAGGACGACCCUUCACUUGUUCAGCGCCGUCGUCAACUCGCUAUACAAGCUGCAAAAACCCUUCAACAGUGCCAGAUGAUCAUAUUCAACGAGACGACAGAAGAGCUUCGCAGCAAGGACAUCGGCCGCAUCGCUAGCCAGUACUACAUCCUGCACACCAGUAUCCAGAUAUUCAACACGAUGAUGCAACCGUUUGCCACGGAAGCGGAUAUCCUGAAGAUGAUCGCCAUGAGUGGCGAGUUUGACAACAUCCAGUCAAGAGACAACGAGAGCAAGGAACUAUCGCGCAUGAGAGAAAAUGAGCACGUCGUGCCUUGCGACGUCGACGGUGGAAUCGACCAGGCCCAAACCAAAACCAACAUUCUGCUCCAAGCCUUCAUCUCAAAGGCCCAACCAGAAGACUUCGCUCUGACCAACGAUCUCAACUACGUUGCUCAGCAGGCGGGUCGAAUCUGCCGUGCGUUGUUUAUGAUUGCCCUCAACAGAAGAUGGGGUCACGAGUGUCUGGUUCUUUUGACACUGGCAAAGUCCAUCGAGAAGCGUGUUUGGCCCUUCCAGCAUCCUCUUCACCAAUUCGAGUUGUCUAAACCCAUCUUGAACCAGCUAGAUGCUAGGGAGUCUCUGACCAUCGAAGCCAUGCGCGACAUGGAGCCUGCCGAGAUAGGCAGCCUUGUGCACAACCACGGUGCUGGCACUAAGAUUGCGAAGAUCCUCAACAACUUUCCAACAGUCAGCGUGGAGGCAGAAAUAGCGCCUCUGAACCGUGACGUGUUGAGGGUGAAGCUAUACAUCUACCCUGACUUCAAGUGGAACGACCAUGUACAUGGUACUUCAGAGUCGUACUACGUCUGGGUCGAAAAUUCGGAAACCUCGGAGAUUUACCAUCAUGAGUUCUUCCUCCUGAAUCGUAGAAAGAUUCAUGACGACCAUGAGAUGAACUUCACAAUUCCUCUCUCUGAUCCCCUGCCCAACCAAAUAUACGUUCGGGCUGUCUCGGAUCGUUGGCUUGGAGCAGAGACGGUCACGCCCGUGUCGUUCCAGCAUCUUAUCAGACCAGACACGGAGAGCGUGUACACCGACCUUCUCAACCUCCAGCCCCUCCCGAUAUCCGCUCUCAAGAAUCCUGGGCUCGAAGCGAUAUAUGCGGAACGCUUCCAAUACUUCAACCCUAUGCAGACUCAGAUCUUCCACACGCUGUACAACACCCCUGCAAAUGUUCUCUUAGGCUCACCAACGGGCAGUGGCAAGACCGUGGCGGCAGAACUGGCCAUGUGGUGGGCGUUCCGUGAAAAGCCAGGCUCCAAGGUCGUCUACAUUGCACCCAUGAAAGCUCUGGUACGAGAGCGUGUCAAGGACUGGGGAGCUCGGCUUGCGAAACCGCUUGGUCUGAAGUUGGUCGAGCUGACUGGAGACAAUACACCAGACACGAGGACCAUCAAGGAUGCCGACGUCAUCAUCACCACGCCUGAGAAGUGGGAUGGUAUUUCUCGUAGUUGGCAAACGAGAGGUUAUGUCCGCCAGGUUAGUCUCGUUAUCAUCGACGAGAUCCACCUGCUGGCGGGGGAUCGUGGCCCUAUUCUCGAGAUCAUCGUUUCUCGUAUGAACUACAUCGCCUCAUCUAUCAAGAACUCGGUUAGGCUGCUCGGCAUGUCGACUGCUUGUGCCAAUGCCACCGACCUUGGCAACUGGCUGGGCGUGAAGGAGGGUCUCUUCAACUUCAGGCAUUCCGUCCGUCCUGUGCCUCUUGAGCUUUACAUUGAUGGAUUCCCCGAAGUCAGAGGGUUUUGUCCGUUGAUGCAGUCCAUGAACAGGCCGACCUUUCUGGCUGUCAAGAACCACAGCCCCGACAAGCCAGUCAUUGUGUUUGUGCCCUCGCGAAGACAGACCCGCCUCACAGCCAAGGACCUCAUCAAUCUCUGUGGCAUGGAAGACAAUCCAAGGCGCUUUUUGAAAAUGGAAGAGGAAGACCUUCAGCUCAACCUUGCUAGGGUCAAGGACGACGCACUGAAGGAAGCCAUCAGCUUCGGCAUCGGACUUCAUCACGCCGGUCUCGUCGAGUCAGAUCGACAACUCGCUGAGGAAUUGUUCUUGAACAACAAGAUUCAAAUUCUUAUCGCGACCAGCACGCUUGCAUGGGGUGUCAAUCUUCCUGCGCAUCUGGUCGUCGUCAAGGGCACCCAAUUCUACGAUGCCAAGAUUGAAGGCUACAGAGACAUGGAUCUCACAGAUGUCCUGCAAAUGCUCGGCCGAGCCGGGCGGCCUCAAUUCGACAACUCGGGUGUUGCUCGAAUCUUCACCAAGGAGGCAUCCAAGGACUUUUACAAACACUUCCUGCACACUGGAUUCCCUGUCGAGUCUUCACUGCACACUGUUCUCGAUAACCAUCUUUGCGCCGAAGUCUCUGCAGAGACUGUCAUCAGCAAGCAAGAUGCACUGGAUUAUCUUACGUGGACGUUUUUCUUCCGGCGUCUGCACAAGAAUCCGUCCUACUACGGGCUCGAGAUCGCGGCAGACGAGCACAAUAGCAUUGCAGCCCAGCAGCUUGCCAACGACUUCAUGAUCGAGAUGGUCGACAAGUCUCUCAGCGAGCUUGCACAGUCCAAAUGUGUGGAAGUCUAUCCUAACGGUGAUGUUGACCCGACACCAGUGGGCAAGAUCAUGAGCUACUACUAUCUCUCUCACAAGACCAUUCGCUACCUGGUCAAGCAUGCCAAACCACAGGCCUCGUUCCUCGACGUCCUGACCUGGAUGUGCAAUGCCACAGAGUACGAUGAGCUGCCCGUCAGACACAACGAAGACCUCAUCAACGCGGAACUGUCCCGCAACUUGACAUUCCCCGGCACCUCCUUCGGCCUGCCCAUGUGGGACCCACACGUCAAGUCCUUCCUCCUGCUCCAGGCUCACAUGUCUCGCAUCAGCCUGCCCAUCACGGAUUACGUGGGCGACCAGACCAGCGUCCUGGACCAGGCCAUCCGUAUCAUCCAGGCCUCCAUCGACGUACUCACGGAGUCGGGGUACCUCUCGAGCGUGCUGCAGAUGAUCAACGUGCUACAGUCCGUCAAGUCUGCGCGCUGGCCCACGGAGCCGCCGCUGUCGAUCCUGCCGAGCGUCGACCCCGAGAGGACCAAGAACAGGACCACGCUGCAGCAGCUCAGCGCCAUGGGCCAGGGCGAGGUGAGCAAGCUGGCCAGGGAGCUGCACGUGCCGCAGGGCGCGCAGCAGCGGUUCCUCAGGGCGGCCUCGAUCCUGCCGAACGUGAAGGUGGCCGUCGAGGACGUCACGGCGCAGUCGGUGACGGUGGUCGUGAGGCGGCUCAACGCGCUGGUGGAGCGGGACGCGCGCAUCUACGCGCCCAGGUUCCCGAAGCCGCAGAACGAGGGCUGGUUCGUGGUCGUGGGCGACAUGGCGAGGGACGAGGUGUACGCCAUCAAGCGCGUCGGGUGGGCGCAGGGUGGCCCGGGCAAGUCGGCCGGCGCCGCCGGGUCGAGGCCGUCUGCGAGGACGAGCAUCAGGGUCCCUGAGGCGCUGCAGCAGGGCGGAGGGGCGAGCAAGCUGGAUGUGUUGGUGGUCAGCGAUGGGUACGUUGGCAUGCAGUACCAGGUGCUUGGGGUUGAGAUCCCUGCGAAGCCUGCGGUGGACGAUGAUGUUAGUCGGUCUAAGGAGAUGGCUUCUUCGUCUUAA